UUCCAGGCUAGAUUUGUGAAUGGCCCGGCUUGCAGGUGGGAGCUAUUCAAAGGAGCCCCUCUGGGUGCGUUGCUCACAGCAACAGAAGCGGCACUGUCCGUGCAUUUUUCCCGCCAGCCAGAUCUCGUGCAGGGGAAGGGGGAAAAAGCCCCUUCUCCGUAGCAUCAGGGGGGUCUUCUUGCUUUCUGGAGAGAGGCAGCCGCAGAGAGAGAAGCAUCAGCCACUGCAGAGGCGGGCAGCCACAGCCACACAGGAGCCAACGGAGGAAUCAGCUCCGGCUUGCUUCCCUCCAAGGAGGACGGGGAAUCCAGACAAGUGCCCGGUCGGGCCCUGCAGGCAGCCCGAGAGGAGAGAGCUCCGAGGGGACGGGGGUCCUCCUCCGCCGCCCUGCCCGCUUCCCAUCGCAGGGCUGGGGGAAGCCCAGGCAGAGCGACGCCAGUGACUGGCAAGAAACCUGCCUCCUCCUUGGUACUGAGCAGCCUCAGAGAACGCGGUGCAGCCCUGAUGCCUAGCAAGAGUGGGAGGAAGAAGAGGAGGAGGAGGAAGAGAGGAGGGAACGGAGGACACCCGAUGACUUCACAACCCUGCUGGAGUUCCAGCCUCCGGGCGACGAUCCCCUAGCUCCGCGGUGCCGCUCCUCCGGGCUCCACCAGCCUCCUCCGUGGGCCCCGGGACGGCCCUCCGCCCCAGCCUGCCCCCGUCCCACCCCCACCAGCGGCAGCCCCCCUGCGUGUCCUCCAUGGAAGGAGAGCUGGGGAGCCUGGGCAACGCCAGCGCCAUCGCCGGCGGGAGGCCUGCGUUCAGCGGCAGCACCUGGGUGGCCACCAUCCUCUGCUCCAUCAUCCUCCUGACCAUGGUGGGCAACUUCUCCCUCAUCCUGCUGAUCUUCAGCCAGCGCUCCCUGCGCAACACCUCCAACUACUUCCUGGUGUCGCUCUUCAUGUCCGACCUGAUGGUGGGCUCGGUGGUGAUGCCCCCGGCCAUGCUGAACGAGCUGUACGGCCGCUGGGUGCUGGAGGCCGCCUUCUGCUCCGUCUGGUUCUCCUUCGACGUGAUGUGCACCAGCGCCUCCAUCCUCAACCUGUGCGUCAUCAGCCUGGACCGCUACCUGCUCAUCAUCUCCCCGCUCAAGUACAAGCUGAGGAUGACCUCGUGCCGGGCCGUCCUGCUGAUCCUGGCCACCUGGACUCUGGCCGCGCUGGUCUCCUUCCUGCCCAUCGAGAUGGGAUGGCACAAGGUGGAGUUCGACUUCCGGCCGCUCAACGCCACCACCGCGCCCCCGGGCGAGGAGGAGGAGCAGUGCCGGCUCCUGGUCAGCUUGCCGUACGCCCUCAUCGCCUCCGGCCUGACCUUCUUCCUGCCCUCCGUCGCCAUCUUGUUCACCUACUGCCGCAUUCUCCUGGCGGCGAGGAAGCAGGCCGUGCAGGUCGCCUCGCUCACCAACAACGUGGUCAGCGCGGCCGACGGGCCGACGCAGCAGGUCCACAGAGCCCACAGCCAAUCGACAGCCGCCAGUGACAACCGGAAGUUUGCCAACAAGCACAGCAAGAGGGCCCUGAAGGCCAGCCUGACUUUGGGGGUCCUUUUGGGGAUGUUCUUCGUGGCCUGGCUGCCCUUCUUUGUCUGCAACAUGGCACAGGCAGUCUGCAACUGCAUCUCUGCGAGCUUUUUCGACAUCCUAACCUGGCUGGGCUAUUGCAACAGCACGAUGAACCCCAUCAUUUACCCUCUCUUCAUGCGGGAUUUCAAGAGAGCCAUGGCCAAAUACCUGCCCUGUUGCCGGCGAGCCUGGGAGCAUCGGCCUAGCCCUAUCUCCCUCUCCAUGCGGAACUCCAACAGUGGUCCCCGCCCUGGGGUGUCUCUCAAGAACGUCCUGACUCUGCCCGGGGACACCGACUCCGCCGACUCCAUCAUCCACGUAGACGAGCACAACGGCCAGCGUCUCGGGUCCCUCCCGACCACAGGGGCAGACUCGGUCAACCUUUUUGACCUGGAGCACACGGACCAAGAACUCCACGUCAACCAGCUCAACACUCCCAUGGACUGAGACUGUCCAUCUUGGACGUCGCCCACUGUCAGGGGUUUGUGCUCAGAUCUCCACUGCCACUGGCCGCAGCCAGCCACACCGGUCGGCUGCAGGUCCAACGACCGACCACUUUGAAAAUGUGGUCUGUUCAUCCCACCUUUGGGCCAACAUUUCAAUACUCUGCACUGCAAGAGGGUUCCACUAAACCUGCUGGAAUAUCAAAGAUGGGGACGCAGGGCUGGCUGCAAGAGGACACUCCAGGGAUACAAAUGUCACGCAUGUUCAUCCGAUACCUGCCCGCUCUGGAUACAGCAGAGCAACUUCAUAAGCUCCUCUUUCAACACCACACAAAAACAAUCCCACGGCCCUUGAACCUCCCAGUUUAAGAAGCAACAGAUGCAGGGGAGAGGUCAGUUUGCCUGCACCCUCUUAAGAAACCCACUCUUUCUGCAUCGGCUGCAGCUCGGGUUCUUUGCCACGAAGCCACUGCUGCAUUUCUCUUGUCUGGGUAGCCUCCGUCUCCUCCUCACCACUGGGUUUUCUCAGCACAAGUUCACCAGCUUGCUUAUAACCAUCACAGGCCAGGAUAUGGCCAUUUUUUUUCCUAACGAGCAAAAACAUUCUGGCGAGGACACUGCUUUAACUUUGUGAGAAUUUCUGUAUAUGGCCCACACGGGAACUAUUCAAUUUGGUUUUGUGCAUCUUUUGGCACUUUCUAUCAAUUUGUGGCACAUGCUUCAGAUGCAAAAUAGACCGCCGCCCCCCGCUGUUUUGCCUCCUCAGGCAGAUAAUAUACAUCACACACACAUAUUUAUACAAGUUUUGCCCUCCUUUUUUCCUCCAAACAUGGACUGAUCCAAAGCAAGUUCUUUUGUACCAUUGCCAGUUCCACACACCCCACCUCGUAUAAACCUUGUACAAUCUUAUACCUUUUAACUGAGGUUAUGUUAAUUGCCUCUGUUAAGGUUAACAUCUGUUAAGAGGAACCUCUUGAUCCCUGACUGAGCAAAGAGGCACCUUUUAAAAGUGGUGAUUAACUUGUAUUUAGCAGGGGGGAAGCAACUGGCCCUCUCCAUCCCCAGCACAGCAUCCCUCCAGUGGCUGUUGCUGGGAUCUCUCAAGUUUCCUUUUUAGAUUGUGAGCCCUUUGGGGACAGGGAGCCAUUUUAUUUAUUUAUAUUUAUGUAAACCGCAUUGGGAACGUUUGCUGAAAAGCGGAAUAUAAAUAUUUGUCGUAUUUGUA